CUCAACCGUUGUUUGGUUUUACGUAUUUAGGGAAUCAAUAUACGUUUAAUCGUUUACCAAUGGGCUUUAUUGAUUCCCCUGCCGCGUACUCAGCUGUAGUUCGUAAGACCCUAGAAUCCUGGACACCUCCUGAAGGUUCCACUUUGAUACAGUAUGUGGAUGAUUUGUUGUUGUGCAGUGUUGAUGAACAGACUUGUAAAACUGACUCUCUCCAUUUGCUUCAGCACUUAGGUGAUGCAGGGCACAAAGUGACUUUGAGAAAAAUGCAAUUUUGUCUUCCACAAGUAACAUACCUGGGUUUCUUCUUUCAGCAGGCAAGAGACUGUUAUCCCCUGAAAGAGUUAAGGCUCUCAUGGUUAUUCCUCGACCACAAACAAAGACUGCUAUGUUAUCUUUUCUGGUUACAGGUCAGCAUGAACCAGAACAAAUCCACUGGACACAGGCUCUUGAUAAGGCCUACAACACCCUCAAGCAGGCUCUCUGUUCCGCUCCAGCCCUAGGUUUACCCAACUAUAACCUACCAUUUCACCUGUAUUGCACAGAAGGGGGAGGUACAGCAGCAGGGGUCCUUGCUCAGGAACACGGUAAUGGGUACAGAGCGGUAGCUUUUUAUUCAAAAUUAUUGCCAACGGUGGUACAGGGUAUGCCAGCAUGCUUAAGAGCUACAGCAGCAUGCGCUAUGAUGGUGGAAGCGGCACAAACAUUGGUACUGUCACAUUCUCUGAUAUUGCAUACAUCACAUCAAGUCUUGCAAGUGUUAAAUAAUCUCACUACACAGCACAUGACUGCACAGAGAAGGUCAGGCUAUGAAACAAUUCUCACAUCCACUGCAAACCUCACUAUCAAAUACAUUGCACCCACAGGAGGCCCAGCACCUUUAUUACAUGCAUUGAUUUCUAAAUGUCCUUUAGAACACCCUGAGGACCACAAUUGCAUAGACACUGUACACACAGAGACGUCACCACGUCUUGACUUUAGGAGGACAAGAUGGAGUUGCUGGGAAAGGAUCUGA